ACCUGGAGGAAUUCUAUUUAAUUAGCACUCAGCAGUUGUACAAAGGGUUUCAGUUUAAAAGAUUUGUUUUUGCUAGCAUAUGCUCGUUGCACAGAGGGGCUUCAUUAAAUUUCCACAGAUACAUGCAAUGUCUCAUCAGCCUCACCCUACUACUCUCAGAGGGGAUUCAUUGUAAUGCAACCGUUUCUGCAUUCAUGCAAUUUAAGCAGUCAUUCCCUCUGUCAAUGUUCUUCAAACGCCCUCUAGUUUUUGUUAAGUGAAUAAGUGAACGUUCUUGAAAACCCCAGGUUGAAAGCGUGUACCCAUCCCCACUUUUGCCGAGGGAUACAGAUGGUGGGAAAAGAGCAAUGGAGGUGGCAGGCUAAGAGAAAACAAAGUCCCCCGAAAGCGACUUCCGGGCGGAGGUGGGCGGGGAGUCCCAUUUCCGGUGGGAGAGCCGCAGCAACGGCUCCUGCGCAAGCGCAACUCGCACUUUCUGGUGUCUGUCUCCCCUCCCCAUCCCUCCCCUCCGCUUUAAGGGGGUUCUGGAGGUGACAGCGCCGGCAACUGCGACGGGAGGAGAGAAAAUGGACAAGCGGAAGCUCGGGCGCCGGCGCUCUUCCCCGGAGAUGGUAACAGAAGGAAAAAGGAAAAAGUCAUCAUCAUCUGACUUACAUGAGUGGAAAAGAAGUCUAAGAAAAAAGGUCAUCUCUAUAGACCAUAAAAAUAAGAAAGGUGUUCGGGAGCGUCCUGUCUCUUUUAAGGCAUCUCCAGAAAGGCAUCUCAAAGUUAUGUUGACGAAUGUCCUAUGGACGGAUAUAGGACGAAAAUUCAGAAAGACCCUCCCUAGAAAUGAUGCUAAUUUAUGGGAUGCCAAGAAGGUGCAAUCAGACUCAUUGCCUUCGACAUCUGUUGGCAGCAUAGAGACAUGUCAAAAAUUAGAAUCUCUUCACCAAAGCUUUAAUUUAUCUGAAAGGAUACCCAAAGUUACAUUGACGAAUGUCCUGGGAACGGAGUUAGGAAGAAAAUACAUAAAGAGCCCACCUGUAACGGAUGCCAGUUUGAGUGAUUCAGACAACUUGCAAUCAGAGCAACUUUCUCCAUCAUCUGAUGGCAGCCUAGAAUCUUGUCAAAAUCUAAAUCCUCACAAGACGUACUUUUUAUAUGAAAGGGCUUCACAACAAAAUAAGACAGUAAAUAACAUUUCUGCAAAGCAGACUUUACGUGCUAAAGGGAAGCGAAGAGGUGAUGAUGCCAUAUUUCAUAUAACAUCUGAUACUCAGACUAAAGACCUUAACAGUGGAAGGAGAGGUUGUGAUUGUCUUGGAGAGGGAAGCAAAAACAAGGAUUCAAGCAGGGGACACAUUCUGAUUUCCAAGAAGAUAAAGAGAAGGGUUAUAAAUAACUUGCCUGAUUCUCAUAUUUCUACUUCUUUGGAUAAGUCAACAGAACAUACAAAGGAACAAGAAAAUGUCAAAACAGUCUCCACUGAGUUUGAACAACCAAAUGAAAACUAUCAUCAGGACACAACAUUAUUUGAAAAACUUACAUCUGAAUCUAUAGAAAGUGAUUCUGUUAAACCAUUGUCACUUGGUUCUCAGCAACUGAGUUUAAGUACUGCCUCCACAAGUGCCUCUUCUUGUUCAGCCACAAAAAAAUUGGGGAGCUCUAUUCCCACUGAUAGAGCAGAGAUUUCUUCCCCAUCUAAGAAGAGCAAGGAUGAGUUGAAUAUGGUAGAGAAGCUUCUUCUAAGUGGACACAGGGAAGAGAACCCAUCUUUGAUCUCAGCUGAACCAAUUGUUGUUUCCAGUGAUGAAGAAGGACCCAUUGAACAUAAAAGUUCAGGAAAACUUAAGUUGCAACCUAAUCAAAGCCAUGAGAUUGCUAUUGAAAAUCAGAGUAUUUCUGAGUCACGUUCAUCAGAACCACCACUGGUUGCAUGUGAAUCUACACAGGUAUCCUCUGAAUUCUGCUCAUAUAAUUCUAUUACGGAAGAAAGUUCCUGUACUAUACCUAAUAACAAAAUGGAUCUACACCUUGAUUUUAUAUUUACUUCUGUAUAUAUUGGUAAAAUAAAAGGAACUUCUAAAGGUUGUAUUACAUUCACAACAAAGUAUGUUAAAAUCCCAUUUCAAGUGUCCCUGAAUGAGGUUUUAUUGGUAGUUGACACCACACACUUGAAGAGAUUUGGGUUGUGGAAAAGUAAGGAUGAAGAUUACAGUAAAAGGAGUCAUGCUAUUCUUUUCCUCUGGGUUUCUUCAAGUUAUCUUCAAGAAAUUCAGACCCAGUUAGAGAACUCUCUAUUAAGCCAGCAACCAAAAUCCAGUGAAUUCAUUUUCCUUGAGCUAAACAAUCCCAUUUCACAAAGAGAAGAGUUGAAAUUGAAAGAUAUUAUGAAGGAAAUAAGUACAACCAACGGAGAAUUAGAGCUUUCUUAUCCAUUGUCUUGGGUGCAGGCAUUUCCUUUGUUUCAGAACCUGUCUUCAAAAGAGAGUUCCUUUAUUCAUUAUUACCUUGCUUCAGCUUGUUUAUCCACUGCUGCAGCUGCUGAGGAAAUGAAGAUGAUACCAUUAUUUCAGCCCGCAAAUACAGAUGCAGCCAAGCCCACUUACACCUUCCUGCAGAAGCAGAGUAGUGGUUGCUAUUCACUUUCUAUCACAUCCAAUCCAGAUGAAGAAUGGCAAGAAGUCAGGCAUACUGGACCUGUUCAGAAGUUGAUUGUAUAUCCUCCACCACCUACUAAGGGAGGGUUAGGAGUAACUAAUGAAGAUCUGGAAUGUUUGGAAGAAGGAGAGUUUCUUAAUGAUGUAAUAAUUGAUUUUUACCUGAAGUAUCUUAUAUUGGAGAAGGCUUCAGAUGAACUUGUUGAACGAAGUCACAUUUUUAGUAGUUUUUUCUAUAAAUGUUUAACAAGGAAGGAAAAUAAUUUAACAGAAGAUAAUCCAGAUCUUUCAGUUGCACAAAGAAGACAUAGAAGAGUAAGAACAUGGACUCGUCACAUAAACAUUUUUAAUAAAGAUUACAUUUUUGUCCCUGUAAAUGAGUCGUCUCACUGGUAUCUUGCAGUCAUUUGUUUCCCAUGGUUAGAAGAAGUUGUGUAUGAAGAUUUCCCACAAACUGUAUCCCAGCAAUUCCAGGCUCAGCAAUCUCAACAGGACAACAGAACAACAGAUAAUGAUCUCCGUACAACUUCAACACUAUCCUUAAAUGCAGAGGAUCCCAAAAGUACUGAGAUGAGUACGACAAUACCAAAGAAAAUGUGUAAAAGGCCAUGUAUACUCAUACUAGAUUCCUUGAAAGCUGCUUCUAUACAAAAUACAGUCCAGAAUUUACGAGAGUAUUUAGAGGUAGAAUGGGAAGUUAAGCGAAAAACUCACCGAGAAUUCAGCAAAACAAGCAUGGUAGACCUCUGCCCUAAAGUUCCUAAACAGGAUAAUAGCAGUGACUGUGGAGUAUAUUUACUACAGUAUGUGGAAAGCUUCUUCAAGGAUCCAAUUGUUAACUUUGAACUACCAAUUCAUUUGGAGAAAUGGUUUCCCCGUCAUGUAAUAAAGACCAAACGAGAAGAUAUUCGAGAGCUUAUUUUGAAACUUCAUUUGCAGCAACAGAAGGGCAGCAGUAGCUAGUUAAUCUGUAUAAACAUGACACAUAUGUUCUCUAAGAUUACUGGAAAGCUGCUUACCAGCCUUGUGCUAGCUCACGGUGAAGAAGAUAACUUAUAGUAGUUUUUAUAUGUCACUGAACAUUAUUUAAAGUAUAUGAUAUAUUAUUAGAAAUUUGGGGCUCUUAUAGAUGGAGUGGAAAGGGGCCUGGUAUGAACUUACUAAAUAGAAAUUAAAAUUUUUUAAAUAUUUGAUAUUUUUUCUGAGUAAAUAUGCUUGGAUUAUGCAAUAGCACAUGUGCUGUGGGGAUGUUUUUGUAAAUAAUGGAAUUGUGUGAUCUGUACUUCCACAUGACUGGGUGUUGAUGGGAGUUAGGUUCUCCCUGGUGCCAGCCCCAGCACUUGUCAGGUUUGUUGACAAGUCACAUUAUAUUGUAAUUCUGUAUUUUGCAGCUCAAGCAUGCAGUAUGAAUACUGUGUAUUUUUUCUUUUAAAGAACUUAGUAUCAGGGCUUCAGAAAAUGCCAUUUACGGCAUCUCUUCUGUAUAGUGUAAAAUGACUUGGCAUUAAGAAUGAUACAAAUUCACUCUUUCAUAGUGCAGCUUACUAUUUUCAAUUGCUAAAUGCAAUUAUUCUGCUAAAAAAUGUCAAUUUCCUUUGAUCUCCUAUGUGGAAGAUCUAAGAAUUUAUGUUUUUUGUUCAUGAUGAAAUUUGGAACAAAAUUACCUGUCCGAAGUAAAUUUUAAAAAAUUUUGGAUGUAGUUAAACUUAAAUAUGAAGUGUAACUUUAUAAAUAUUAACUUUUAUUAUCCUAUACUGUAUGUACCCAGUUUUGUGAACAAAGAAGAUAAAAUUGAUGUGUUCUCAUAACUGUAACAAAAGAAUGAAAGUUCAGCCUAUUCAUUAUUUAGGACAGAAUACAUAAUUUUAUAGUUCAGAUUACCCAGUAUUCAUCUGCAAAGUCAGGUCACUCUCAUUGUUUUUAUAUUUUUAAAUUUCAGUUUUUAGAGACCUAUGAUGAUCCUCUAUGGAUCUUAUACCUAUGGCACUUAAUAUUUUAUUAAAUAUUCAGGUAAUAAUUUCACUGAAUUCAUGAACUGAUAGCUAUUAUAUAUGAAUAACAGUUCAGAACCUCCUAAUGUUAUUAGGAAUAUUUUGAAGAAGACAUGAUCAUAUUGUAUUUCCUAUUUUUAAAUAUCUCUGGAAUUUACACUGUAACUAUAUGUAAAACAAGCAAAUGCAAUUUAAGGUAAACCUAAAAAAACCUGAACACUUAUUUAAAAAUCAUGUGACUUGAGAUUGUCAGUUAAGCUUCAGUAAUCUUUUCUUAAUUUUAUCACCAUCUUUAUGUUGUCCAAGGUAUUUCUCUUUUAGAGAAUUCAUAUAACAAUGGUCAUAAUUAUACUUAUUCCCAGUGUGUGUGUGUGUGUGUGUGUGUGUGUAUGUGUGUGUGUGAGUGUGUGUGUGUGUGUGUUAGGGAAGUGGUAGCUAUGACAUUUUGUGUAUAUGUAUUGUGUGUGUAU